AUGAUUGCGUACAGAUGUAUUACGUUUCUUCUCCUUCUUUUUGUAACAAAUGGUAAUAGUACUGUCCAGCACGCUGGCUGCGAUAUUCUUUCUAUCGCCAAAUGUAUGCGAGACAAUCUGCUGGAACUAUUCAAUACUACGGAUUUGAUCUCGGGGACACCGGAACAGUUUUCAAGAACUUGCAGGCAGAGUGUUCACGGUUAUCAGGCAUGUUUUCCAAGUGAAGAUAUUUCCGGAUGUGACAGUUCAGUGAGGGUUUUUGCCAAUAUCACGUGGACAAUGUUCUCGAGCAUGUGCAGUGAAGAUGUCAAUCCAGGAUUCCACACGUUCAGAUACUGUUGGGUAAGACCCGAUGUCCUGGAGUCAGCCCAGGUGUGUCACAAGGAGUUCUACACGUCGCUAUUUCUACCAUCAUCCAGGGAUAUCUGCAGACUUGCUGACCGGUACUCGACGUGUAUCGGGGAUGCGGUACAGCAGUGUGACAACCAGUCCAUCAUCUACACGAACACCUUCCUUGACCAGGCUCUUCGGACAGUGGACGGAAUAUGUCCUGAUCCUGUCACGGAAAUCGUUAACCUGACGACGACACUAUUCCAGACAACAACCAUGCCAACGCCUACAGCAGCGACACCUACCGUUACACACCUCGUGGAUGAGUGUGAACCCAACAGAAUCACCAAGUGUUUCCAGUCAUUAGCCCUUCGUCUCCAGGGUCUGUUGAAGUUUGUGGUCAAACAGAAACAGUCCACGUCCGUGGCUGUGCUAAUACUUAACCAAAUAUGCAAAUACCAGUGUGAUGAGCACCCAACCGACUUGGCAGCUGUAUCUGCCUUUCCAUUACCCCUGAUACCAGUGUCACUGAGCACCCAACCGACUAGGCAGCUGUAUCUGCCUUUCCAUUACCCCUGA